AUGAAGUUCGCCAAAGAGCUCAACGAGGAAUUGGUUCCGGAAUGGCGGGCUAAAUAUCUGAAUUAUAAGCUCGGGAAGAAGAAAAUCAAGGCAAUCCAAAGAGCCCUGCAAAAAGCAAAUCGCACUCCGAUCCGACGCCAAGACACCUUUACAAACACCCCAUCUCAACGACUUCCUCCUAAUGCCUCCACCUCGGUGAAUCAGUUUCCCUUGGAUUAUAAUGGAUCACCAUCGCGUAAAGACAUUCCCGAGCAGCGUCCACUCAGGACUCCGGGUUCGCGGUUUUCGAACGUCGUAGGAAGUUAUGGCAGUAUAGUCUCCGAGCCCAACCAAUACGACUCUAAACAACUACCGAAUCUCGAGCUCCCCUCUCCUGCGAUUGGACUUGAUCGGACCGCUAAGAAGAAUAAGAAUCUGCAGAUUGGACCGCCGAUUUAUGAUUCGGGAUCGCCGCAAGCUCAACGGACACCUGGUCGCCCUCGGAGAUACGCUUCGUCACCAGCUAUUUUCAAAAAGGGGAACACUCCAUCUGGGGGAUUUAAUGCAGGCGGUAGCGAUGGAUACUCGAAAACUGCCAAUUUCCUUAAAAGGGUUUUCACGAACAGCGAUAUGGAUUCACCGGGAAAGAGUUAUCAAACCAACAUAUCGAGUGAAGUGACGAAGAAAGAGGACGACUUUUAUGAUUUUCUGGAUGCCGAGUUGGACAAGAUAGAGACAUUCUACAGGCAGAAAGAGGUGGAAGCAACCGAGCGUCUGCAGCAACUUCGACGACAACUACACAUGAUGAGAGAUCAGAGAACAACGGAGAUGAUGGAGGCAGAGCGGUCAGGAUCUACGCAAGGGACCGGCAACGGGAACUAUCUUAAUGUAUUUCCUAAGACGAAAUGGACCCAGGCCAUUACUGGGAAGCAUCAUUUCGGGAAGAAUUCUCGCGCACUAGCCAACAUGCAGACACCGAAAACCCCAAUGGGUCAGGAGCUUUCAGGCGAUUGGCGCGACUUCGUGAGAAGACCAGAAUCUGCUCAUGUGCCUUAUCGAACAGCAAAGCGGAAGCUCAAACUCGCUAUGCAGGAGUAUUAUCGUGGUUUGGAACUGCUAAAAGCAUAUGCGUAUCUUAACCGCAAGGCUUUUCGGAAGAUCAACAAGAAAUUCGACAAGGCCGUUGAUAUGCGACCUACAUUGCGCUAUAUGUCCGAGAAAGUCAAUAGAGCCUAUUUCGUGCAGAGUGAGAUCGUCGAAGGGCACAUGGUUGUGGUUGAGGACCUCUACUCUCGCUACUUCGAGAAGGGGAACCGAAAGAUUGCCGUCACCAAGCUCCGAGGAAAGCGUCGCUCCGACGACCAUUCACCAAGCACUUUCCGAAUAGGCUUGUUUCUAGCUGCUGGACUCGUUAGUGGUAUCCAGGGCUUGAUACUGGCCAUUGGUCUUUUGAAUGAUGCAAAUAGCACUGUCCAAGUGCAGACUUCCUAUCUCCUCCAGAUAUACGGGGGAUAUUUUCUGAUUGUUUUUCAUUGUAUCCUAUUCUGUUUGGAUUGUAUGUUAUGGGCUCGAGCAAAGAUCAAUUAUAGUUUCGUUUUUGAGUACGACACUCGCCACACUUUGGAUUGGCGUCAACUCGCUGAGAUACCCUCUAUUUUCUUUCUUCUUCUUGGAAUUUUCAUGUGGGUCAACUUCUCGUGGGUUGACUCCAUGUUCUUAUAUUACCCGGUUGUAUUGAUCUUCAUCACUGUCGUGAUGCUCUUUGUUCCUCUUAAAGUGUUCUAUCAUCAUAGUCGACUUUUGUGGGCCGUUUCGAACUGGCGUCUCUUGCUAGCCGGCUUAUACCCCGUCGAGUUUCGAGAUUUCUACCUGGGCGAUAUGUACUGUUCCCAGACGUACGCUAUGGGUAACAUUGAACUCUUCUUUUGCCUUUAUGCCAAUUUUUGGAAUAACCCACCGACAUGCAACUCGAGCCAUUCUCGACUGUUAGGUUUCUUCACAACGCUACCUUCAAUAUGGCGUGGACUACAAUGCCUCCGACGAUAUCGUGACACGAAGAAUGUCUUUCCUCAUCUGGUCAAUUUUGGCAAAUAUACCUGUGGCAUUCUCUACUACAUGACUCUCAGUUUGUUCCGCAUUGAUCGGGAUGCCCGAUACCAGAUCCUUUUUAUUGUCUUUGCUUUUAUCAAUGCGGUAUAUUGCUCGAUCUGGGAUAUAGCUAUGGAUUGGAGCCUGGGAAACUUCUAUGCGUCUAACAAGAUGCUACGUGAGGUCCUCGCUUUCCGCAAAGCAUGGUUCUAUUACGUCGCGAUUGUGAUUGACGUGAUUGUGCGCUUCAACUGGAUAUUCUAUGCCAUCUUCACCAACGACAUUCAACAUUCGGCUUUCCUCAGUUUCGCAGUUGCUUUUAGUGAGGUAUUUAGAAGAGGGGUUUGGUCGAUUUUCCGUGUCGAAAAUGAACACUGCACAAAUGUCAAUCUGUUUCGUGCUUUACGAGACAUUCCUUUGCCUUAUCAACUGGAGGAACAUACGCUGGAUGAGGAUUUUGCCGAUCACCCGUCACGCAUACAGACAAGAGAGUCAGAAAUGGCCAGAGAAGAGGAGGAGAUUCGCGGCGGAGAGCACCCGACUGAUCCUACACCUAUGGUCGCUAAUGACGUUGAUCUUGAGGCCGCAUCAAUCGCAGGGAAGACGCCCACGACACUGCGUGCUCGCCGUCCAACAAUAAGUCACGCCAUGUCUCGAUUCGGCAACCUGGUAGCCACGGCCCAUUCCCAUGAUUUUCAACGCAGACGCCGUAUCGAUCCUUUAUCGGGAGAAACCACAAACGCUGGGUUACAGUAUAUGGAUGAUGAUUCAACGGAUGAAGAUGAUGAUGAAGACGACAGAGGGGAUGGAUCGAGUACCAACAACGCUGCAAGAUUCUCGGAUGUUGAGCUACCUAGUCAGACAACUCAUAUUGAUAGCAGCCAGGAGAGGAGUAAUUCAUAA